AUGCCGACUUCGGUCAGCUCCACCUCGAACCUGCCUCCGGCGCCCAAAGCUGAUGGUUAUACGGACACGGACCCGAGCUUGAUCCUCCCUCAACCUCCCGCGACAGCCGAUGUCCCAACCAUCGAAUCCCUGAUCGCUGCCAACCCGGACAAUAUCGCCGACGUACUCGCCUCCCCGGAAGCUGUGCAUGCCGCCAUGAAGAUCGGUGAUCUCAAGCUCAUGGGUCUCACACACGGCGUGUUGAACCCGGCAGGCUGGAUCCGGGACGCCCUCGAGGCCAUUCAUGUAGGCAUGGGGAUCCCUUGGUGGGGCACCAUCAUGAUCACCACGGCUUGUCUCCGAUUAGCCCUCUUCCCGCUCGUUGUCCGCAUGCAAGCGCACAAUUCGAGAAUGUCGGCGAUUCAGGAUCAACAAAAGGUCUUGAUGGAGAAGAUGACCGAGGCAAAGGGUCGAGGCGACCAACAGGCAGGACAGGUGUAUGCGGCCCAAUUGGCUCAGCUUUGGAAGGAACACGACGUCCACCCGGUCCGAAGUCUCGGAUUGCCCAUGCUUCAGAUGCCUCUCUUCCUAGCCUUCUUCUUCGCCAUUCGGAAACUCGUCGCCCUCCCCGUGCCCCAGCUGAAAGAAGGCGGUCUGGCCUGGUUCACCGACUUGACGGUUGCGGACCCUUACUACAUCUUGCCGGUAACGAGUAUGGCCUUGACGUUGGCCGUCAUGCAGAUGGGAGCCGACGGGACCGGGUCGAACAAGAGCAGGCAGAACCAGCAUACCAUCAACGUGUUCAGGGUAGCUACCGUACUGGCCAUCCCGUUCGUCGCACACAUGGCUUCGGCCUUGACCUUCUACUGGACGUUUUCCAACUCGUUGACCCUCCUCCAAGCGUUCAUCCUUCGUCAAAAGGCUUUCAAAAAGCUUUUCAAGAUCAAGGAACCCCCCACCGUCCCUCUUCCUCCUGGUUACAAGCCCCGUCCCCCUCCUACCCUCAGGGACACGCUCAAGGAGGGCAAAGAGUGGUUCUUGAAGCGAACUCGGGAUGAGCAGGAGAGGCAGCUGAAGAUGAGGAUGGCAGCGCGAAAAGGGGACAAGAAGGCCGUGGAGAAGUCGACGCUUCAGCAUACCGAGGUGAUCAGGGAGACGUCUGCUUCGACUGAGACGACGGGAGCACCUGCGAGCGUGAUGGAUGCUGUGGACAGGUCGGUCUUCCAGGAACCGGCACCGUUGCAGAAAUCGACGGUCAAGCGAGGAGGUCGGGUGGUAGAUCAGGAAAAGGAGGCUAGGGUCGCUGCCGCGAGGGCUCGCCGAGCUAGGCAGGGACGAUGA